AUGGGAGGUGACGAGGUCCAUGAGUCCGAGGAGAGCCCGCACGGAAUCAAUAGCUCGUCUACGGUACGUCUAAAAACGAUGAAAAACGCCUCUUAUACAUGGAAAGACGUCUUAGGACCGCUAAGUAGAAUCUGUCGCGAUGCUACCCUUAUUAAGCUCUGUUUGCUCCCAAAAAUGCGAUUUGUGGCUGCAGCAUGCAGAGACCCCAUCUUAAAAAUGUCCUUCCUUGCCCCGUUGGAGCGCUCAAAUCAUUCGCUCCAUACAAUCUUAUCUCCUCAUAAUUCAAGUUUUUAUUCACGUAUGUAUCACGGGGCCGACUAUCUUGGCGAUGCAUACUUAUGCCCCACAGACAGCAAACGGACAAAGAAGCACGGGCAUGCCAUUUUCUACUGCACAACCCAAGCUCCCCGGAUACCAGUAGUAGCUGCUCGAAUUUACCCCAAGUUAAGUCAGAAUCUUAUAAUCACCGUCUCCGGUAUUCCACGCGAGCUUAUGUUUCCAGACUCCUAUGCGAUGUACAGGUUUUCUCGUCCACUACUUCGGAUGGCUAUCUGCACUCUGAGCCCUAAGGGGCAUAUACGUGUAAAAGGAAAUGUGUAUACCCAUCCCUUGUUUGGAAAGCACUUAGAUUUGUAUGACAUCCAAGACCCCUUAAUCCCCGGAACUGCUAUGUUCGAGUCGGACAAUCAUGAAAUCUAUAUUAGAGCCGAUAUGCUUGCGCAUCAGCGGCUGUUUUUGCUGAUAGAAUUUACCUUUUUGGCAGAUCUCAAUAAGGAAGGGGAGUCUAAUAUACCUCUCAUUGAAGUAUCAAGAGGUGUGUCUUUUCUGCGACUUAGUCCCAUGGAAGACUUUUCCCAAUCAUUUAUGGAGGGUGUUCAGCAGUCUAUGAUGUCUUUACCAAAGCUGUUAGAUAAACAUGAAGCAAAGAUGCAGAGAAGGCGGGCAGACGAUGACUUUAUGCGUAUUUAUGACCUCGUGGACAUUUUGAAUUUGGUAGGGUGCACAAAAAAUGAUUCAAAGUUAGUAAAGCUCCUUCAAUCUGCUUCUAAAAAUGUAAGCAAUCCUAAUAAACAAAAGCAAAAUCUGCAACAAUACUCCCCCGUGGAUCAAACAUCUAUAGAGCUGCCCAUAUUUGAAUUCUCAGUCUCGGAUCCUCUUACAACUCUCGUUGACGGAACAAGCUUCAAACGUUGGAAGUCCAAGCCGAGCAGGUCCUGCUCACUUGUGUUGAAAAUAAAACCUAUACACAUUCGUGAUGUAGGACCACUGAGUAGACUUCCAGGGACAAUGAUUGUUCCACCGCGAUGUCUAUUCUUACUAGAUCAUAUUACGGCAGCAUAUGCUUCCAUGCUUGUAGGUCCACAAUCACAUCUCCAGCAAGCUAAUCCUCAGUUGGGUCGACUCUGCGUAAGACCAGUUGUAGACGAUGGUGACACUAGCGGCCUUGCCGCAAUGCUAAGAUCUUCAUCUGGCUCUGCUUUGCAAUUUCCCGCUGAGAUUGCAACCCUUACUGCCAUAGUGAAAAGUUUUGGCCGACAGAGAGCGGUCAUACAAAACGAAUAUCCCGUGGCACUCUCAGGAAGCGCUCUCCUGUACUUUUUUGCCGCUAUAUUUGAAGAACGUGUGAACGAGGUGCCCCGGGAUCUCAGGUACUACAUGAACCAAAGCGUUUUGCUACCAGUGUCCUUAAAUAUUACUGAUAACAUAUUUCUGGGGACAUUCAUACGAUGUUUAAGAUACUUUCAACAUUCAAUACUAAGGGAGAUGGCAGCAAUGAAUUUGAGGAACGAGUGGAGGGGAGAUGAGACGACAUGGGAUAAGGAAUAUGAUCAGAUAGUCAGGCUCCUUUCAAAAGGCCAGUCUUACUGA